UUGCACUGACUCGCCAUUUUGAUCCAGGCGCAUGACGCUCCGCGAGUGGCGGUUGUAAACAACGAUUUUUUGGAAGAAACGAGAAUAGAAACCGAGGUGGGAACUCAGCCAGAUUUGCGUUUUAAGUCCUGACACGGCUGUUUAAACACUAGAGCUAAAAUGAGCGGGUGUCGUGUGUUCAUCGGCCGCCUGAGCCCCCACGCCAGAGAGAGGGACGUGGAGAAAUUCUUCAAGGGAUACGGACGGAUCCGGGAGAUCAACCUGAAGAACGGCUUUGGAUUUGUGGAAUUUGACGACCACAGAGACGCCGACGACGCCGUGUACGAGUUGAAUGGCAAAGAGCUGUGUAGUGAAAGGGUCACAAUUGAGCACGCUCGCUCUAGGAGAGGAAGAGGUGGUGGUCCUGGCAUGGGGCGCUUUUCUCCACGGUUUGGCAGCUAUCGCCAAUCUCGCAGCAGCGGAUCCAGGUAUGGCCCUCCGAUGCGGACAGAGCACAGACUCAUUGUAGAGAACCUCUCUUCGCGAAUAAGCUGGCAGGACCUAAAAGACUUGAUGAGAAAAGCCGGUGAUGUUACCUUUGUGGAUGCUCACAGAACCAAUAAAAAUGAAGGGGUGGUUGAGUUUGCAACUCGCAGUGAUAUGAAGAAUGCUAUCGCCAAGCUUGAUGGAACAGACUUAAAUGGACGUAAGAUAAAGAUCUAUGAGGAUCGCAGGAGGAGUCAAAGCAAGAGCCGCUCCCGUUCCCGCAGCUACUCCCGCUCAAAGAGUCGUUCCCGGAGUCGCAACCGCUCCAGAAGCCGCUCCAGAUCAACCAGUCGCACCCCAGAGAAGAAGACCACAGGAGGGGGCAAGGCAGCAGCAAGAUCUCCCUCCCGCUCCAAGUCCCGCUCACGUUCCCCAGCUCCUGCACAGAACAAACGGUCCCGGUCCCGAUCCAGGUCUCGUUCCAGGUCCAGGUCCCGGUCCCGGUCCGCCUCAGCAGAAAGCCAACACUGAGAUUUGUCCAGCUGUGUGCAGUGAAACAGACUGGUGCUUCUUGAGACCAUAGUUGCAGGCCACAGGCCUGUGUGAUGGCUGUUUAAUUUGUGAUGAAGGGGAGAGGCUGUCUUUGGGAUGGCUUCUUUUUAAAUAACAGCGUGGGUCAUGAUUGUACCAGCAUUGGCUUUGUAAUCUUUGGGAGCUUUUUUUAAAAUCUUAGUUUGAUUAUGCUUCCAAAAUAAUAUUUUUGUUUCCUUACCAGCUCAGAAAUCUUACAUUUUUCUUUGGAAAGCCUUCCACAUUUUGAUGAAAUGUAGAAUGACACAAAACAUUUUGUUGCCUGUAAGUAAUGUUACCUGUUACAGGAUACAUGUCCUGAGAGUUACCUUUGUGUUCGAAAUGUCCAAAUGUUUGAUCAGAAAAGAUUGGAGCACUGUCCAAGAUAGCCACGUGUCUGGUCCAGUAGUUGCCAUGUUAUGAUUCCAUCCACCCACUCUGCUUUGCUAUGGUGUCCGGAGUGCUUUAAGGUUAGGCAGGAAUUGAAAUAAUUCCCCAAAAUAUCGAUAAAUAUAUCUUUAUUUUGAUGCUAGGUCCAUGACAUUGCCGUGAUACUGUGAUUAUACUCUUCAGGAGGUACUGUAGUAAGUGCUUCUACACAUGUUGUAUUCACUGCCCUGAUAUGUGAACAUAAAAAAAUGCAAGCAUCUCAGAUGGUGAUUUAAGUAAAAUGGUGUUGGCUUCUGGCAUUAGUAUGAUUUGGUUUUCUGUGUGAAGCUGCUGAGUGCAGGACUUCGUCUCGUGUUGGUAACUGCUUUUCUUUCCUCUUACAGAGCUUUAUUUUAAGUUGUACCUCGUAAGGUCUUGUGGGUCUGAACACAAGAAUGCAGUGGGAUUGUGUGGCUGUUGUAGUAGGGAGAAAUAUCUGUAAGUUAAAAUGUUGAUUUCCUACAAAUAAAAGUUGCAUGGUCCAUUGGCAGUUUCUCCUUGCAAUAAUGUUCAGAAGGGAAGGCGACAUGAGGAUUUUUUUUUUUUUGAAGGAUAUCUUGUGUGGAUGGCAGUACAUGUGUAUUUACAAAGGUAUGACUAAGAGGUGCUUUCACAACUCUCAGAUCUGUUACUCCAGAGAUCAGAUCACACUCACACAUCCUCUUCACUCCUGUGUUUACAAGUAAUAUAGACAUAAACAAAACCCCAGGUACAAACAGACAGAUUUUAUUUUCGUCUAACUUUGAUGUGGCCAGUCUUCAGGAAUAAUUUAAAUCAGUUAAACAUGAAAACAUUAAAUCCUUUCUGUGCAGUGAGUACUUUUCUCUAGAGGAGAACAGCUGAAGAAAUGCGUUUGUUCACAUUUUGCUGUUAUAUCAUUGUAAUGGGG